UAAACUCUGUUUUCAAGACUCUUAUAGUCAUUUUCCUUGUUCUUAUUUAUCGGUAGGACAAGACCGUCCUUGUAGAAUUUUUGAAAUGACAAUCUAUUCCCUUCGCACAACUGACGCCCUGGGGUUGACACUCGGCUGCACCGUUCACCGUCGCCAUCGUCAAGCCAUUGGUCUACGUCCGCCCGGGCUCAUAACAUCGUCAAGUUGGUUUUUCUUAAUCCUAUUACUUCUCUUUUUCCGUUUUGACUCUCCCGUAAUGGAGCCGGCUCAUGAAAUCAUCUAUCAUCGACGAAUGGAUCUUUUCAUGAAAUGGGUUCAUGCCACGGUUGGUCAUGGAGAAGUUCGAUUUCCCUGAUGACAAAUAUGGGCUUUCCUUAAACCGGGUUUUGUGGGAUCUGGACCAAUUUGAGUACGUUGCAUUGGAAUAUGAAACCACGAAUUCACAAUUCCCUCUCUGAUUUUAUUUUAAAACAUUGAUUGCGAGGGUAUUUUUGUAUUUACUGAUUGUAUAUCAACAAUUUAGUCAAACGAUGUUAGGGGACUUGUUUCCCCCAGGAAAUUCCAGGAGAAAAAAAAAAAAGAGAAUCAAGAAAAACUAGCAGUUGAUGAUUUAUCACCAUGAACAAGUUGUUAGAAUUUGGAAGGAAAGCCUUAUUUUAUGUGCGAGUCCUUUCUGGAUAUGAACAGUGGAGAAUAAGAUCUUGUAGGCUGCAGCUUGAAAAACGUCUCCUGCAGGCACAAGAAAGGAAAGAAGCAGUUAGAAAAAUACCUGAGCAGAUCAUUUUAUUCGAGGUUCGUCGUAUGGUGGAAGAGAUGCAAUCUUUAGACAAGAAGCUUGAAGAAACGGAGGCAACCAUUCAAGAAUACUUCAAACCAAUUGACAAGGAAGCAGAGAUCAUAAUGAAAAUGCAGCUAGAAGAGGAAGAGAAAACCAUGACGGAGAUGAUGAAGACAAUGCAACAACAAACUUUGCUUGAGGAAGCCAAAGCAGGAAACAUCUCAAGCGUGCGACAAGCAGAGGAGUCUCUUCAGGCCAACCAGAAGAACCCAAUAGCAUCCACAGCCACUUCCACCACAAAGGAAGAUGAGAUGAGAUGACUUUGAGACCAUUGAUGAUGGUGGCUUAGACUGUGUAACGCAUUGCUGGGUAAAAUUUUGUUGAGGUUUAAUUUGAUGAUAUAACCAUAUUUUAUGGAUUUGAAUUACCGAUGCAGCUUUAGGGAACUUUCAUUGGUCAUAGUUAUUUUGUAUAUUUCAUGUAAUAAUAGUGAAAAAAAAAAGAAAUCUGCCAGUGAUAUUGUCACAGAA